AUGCAUGGAAAAAAGUCAAUAUCAAAGAUCACCCAUUAUUCGCAAAUUGGACAAGAUAAAUUUUUAGAUAAACUACUAGAUGAAAGACGAAAUGGAUUUUUUAUUGAAGUUGGUGCUUAUGAUGGUGAACAUUUGUCAAACACAUUAUUUUUUGAAAAAGAACGAAAUUGGACAGGAUUAUUGAUUGAAGCUAAUCCGACGCUUUUCAAAAAACUAAAAUCUCGUGAUCGUAAUGCUUAUGUAUCUCAUUCAUGUAUUAGUUUAAUUCCAUAUGCAAUAGAAGUUAAUUUUACAUUUGCUGAUUAUUAUGGUGGAGUAAUAGCACCUACUGAUAAAUCGGUUAUAACAGGUAAUGGAUCAGUUCAAUGUAUUCCUUUCAUGACUUAUUUAAUGGCAUUAAAUAUUUAUCAUGUUGACUAUUUCUCAUUGGAUAUUGAAGGUGGUGAAUUGGAUGUCUUAAAACAAAUAGAUUUCAAGAAAUUUCAAAUUGAUGUGUUAACAAUUGAAUAUGCUACGAAUAAUUAUCAGAAGACUUCUCAAAAAUUGAAAGAUAUAACAGAAUUACUAGUUGGUACAGGAUUAUAUCGUCUAGUUAAGACUAUGGGUGGAUUAGAUGCUAUAUUCAUGCGAAAUUCAUUAUAG